AUGGAAACAACAAUCUUUACCUUCUUCUCUCAGACGACUGCUCCGGGUAAACAACCCGCUGACGGUUCCUACACCUCCCCCACCGCUGACCCAAACUCCGGUGACCCUAACCGCCCUCCAGACCCACCAGAUCCGGCGCCAUUGCACCGCCCUCAUACAGAUCUGAGCAACUAUGGUCACCACCGUCAUCAACAACAGGGCCUUACCUCACGCCUCUCCAAAAUCACCUUCCCCCUGUUCGAUGGUUCAGAUCUACGCGACUGGAUCUACCAGUGCGAUCUAUUCUUCGGAAUGGACAACAAACCUCCUGAGCUACGCGUUCGCCUCGCUGCGAUGCACCUCUGCGGCAAAGCUCUCCAGUGGCACUUCCACUUCAUGACCGAAAGGUUCGGCCUUUUCCCUUCUUGGACGGACUAUAUUGUUGCCAUCUCGAGUCGCUUCAGCGACCUGUUUGAUGACCCCCUUUCCGAGUUGGUGGCUCUAAAGCAAGGCACUGAUUCUGUGGAGACGUAUCUGGAUAAGUUUGAGAACGCUAAAACCAGAAUCGCGCUCCCUGAAGCUCACGCACUCAGCAUCUUCCUUACGAACAUGAACCAGCACCUUGCUCUCCAUGUACGUCAGUUCGAACCCACAACAAUAGCUGCUGCUGCGAAGAUCGCGAAGCUUCAUGAAUUUGCUCUGUCGCAAACACCACCAAAACAACAAAGAGCUCCCUUCAAUCCUCACCACAAACCAAAUAGCUUCACCCCCUACAAACCCAAAGAAACCACACCCUUACUACCCGCCCCUGAUCCUAAAACACAAACCCCUAAACCCAACUUCAUCCCUCGCUCUGGUAAUGACAGACCUCCUCGAAAGUUUACAUACCAGGAAAUGCAGGACCACCGUGCUCAAGGCCUCUGUAUGUUCUGUGAUGAAGCUUUCACACCAGGGCACCAACUGAAACACAAAAGGUCCCACAUCUAUGUCAUGGAAGGAGAUGAAAACAGUGAUGAUGCGUCUGAUGAUGAGCAACCGCACAUCACUGAAGUUACUGUGGAGGAUAUUGACAACACCACUCCGACUAUCUCUGUCAAUGCUCUUAGCGGUUCAUCUAGCUUCAACUGUAUGCGCGUGGUUGGUCAGUACGGGAAGAGGAAGCUCCGCAUACUCAUCGACCCGGGAAGUACUCACAACUUUCUUGACGUUAAAGUAGCCAACGACCUUGGUUGUAAACUUGAGCCCCUAAAGCCAAUGACAGUCGCAGCUGCUAACGGUUGUGACCUUACAACAAAAUUCAAGUGCAACAAGUUCUCUUGGAUGGUACAAGGUUACUCAUUUACAACUGAGAUUCACACUAUUCCACUACACUGCGGCAAGCUUGUUCUCGGAGUGCAAUGGUUGUGCACACUAGGCCCCAUCCUCUGGGAUUUACUAAACCUCCCUUCAACAAACUCCCCCCUCCAACAACCACAAAUUUCUCUUCUUCGGAUUAGGGAACUAGAGGACCCUGUUACCUCAUCACACUUUCAAGAAGCCGCCUCCCUCUCAUUCAUCGCCGCUGAGCAUACAAAACUCUCUCAGGACCCGGCCCUACAACAACUCCUUGAGUCUUUUGCAGACAUCUUUGAGGAACCAGUGGGCUUACCGCCCUUUCGGGAAGGCUUUGAUCACCGCAUCGCUUUGGAAGCAGGAGCUAACCCGGUGAACUUACACCCUUACCGCUACUCCUCCCUUCAGAAAGAUGCUAUUGACAGUAUGAUCAAAGACAUGUUAGCUCAGGGUACAAUUCAGUGCAGCUCCAGUCCAUACGCUUCACCCAUUGUUCUGGUGAAAAAGAAAGACGGAACAUGGCGCCUCUGCGUAGACUAUCGUGGGCUGAACAAGCAAACCGUGAAGGACAAGUAUCCGAUUCCCCUCCUCGAAGAUCUUCUCGAUGAAUUGGGCGGUGCUUGCUACUUCUCUAAGCUUGAUCUGCGCGCUGGUUUCCACCAAUUGCGCAUGAUUCCUGAAGACGUCUACAAAACUGCCUUCAAGACACACUCAGGUCACUAUGAGUACCUUGUGAUGCCCUUUGGGCUCUCUAACGCGCCCUGUACGUUCCAAGGCUUGAUGAACCAUGUAUUUCAGGAGAUCUCUCGAAAUUUCUUACUGGUAUUCUUCGACGAUAUACUCGUGUACAGCUCCAGUUGGGAAGAACACUUGCAACACCUUCACGAGGUCUUUGCUAUACUUCGCCACCAGCAACUCUACCUCAAGUCAUCUAAGUGUACCUUCGGAGCUACUUCUAUCGAGUACCUCGGCCAUUUCAUUUCAGCUGCUGGCGUGAGCACUGAUCCCAAAAAGAUUGAAGCAAUCAGAAACUGGCCAACUCCCUCGUCGCAGAAACAACUUCGAAGCUUCUUGGGCCUGGCCAAUUACUACAGAUGAUUCAUAAAGGGUUAUAGCAUCAU